AUGAACCCUUCUAAACCCGCGGUGACGUCUACGCUGGGAGAAGCCGGAUAUAUCCAGUUUCCCAGUCUUCCCGAUGAUGCGAAGCAUGAGGAUGGCACGCUGGCCUUGAACCGAUACUCGAGUACUAUCACUCGCGGCCAUGACUUCCCCGGUGCUAAGGCAAUGCUGUAUGCCGCCGGUGUGCCCGACCAACAUGCCAUGGCCAAAAGCCCCCAGGUUGGAAUUGCAUCCGUAUGGUGGGAAGGAAACCCGUGUAAUAUGCAUCUUCUGGAUAUGGGAAAGACUGUGAAGAAGGCGGUUACGGACAAUGGGAUGAUUGGGUGGCAGUACAAUACCAUCGGUGUUUCAGAUGCCAUCACCAUGGGCAGUGAAGGCAUGAGAUUCUCUCUUCAAACACGUGAAAUCAUCGCCGAUAGUGUCGAGACAGUCACCUGCGCCCAAUACCAUGAUGCCUGUAUCGCAAUCCCUGGCUGCGACAAGAACAUGCCGGGAGUGGUAAUGGGUAUGGCCAGACACAAUCGGCCAUCAAUCAUGAUCUACGGUGGCACAAUCCAGAUCGGAUACUCCGAUCUUCUCCGGAAGCCAAUCAAUGUGUCUUCGUGUUUUGAAGCGGCCGGCGCCUACACAUAUGACACUCUCCGCCAGCCGGAUGAUGGUGGUGACACUAGCAAGACCAAGGAUGAAAUCAUGGAUGAUCUAGAGAGACAUGCCUGCCCUAGCGCAGGCGCUUGUGGUGGCAUGUUUACGGCGAACACCAUGGCUACGGCGAUCGAGUCGAUGGGUCUAUCCCUGCCUGGGUCCUCUUCUACACCAGCAACUUCUCCUUCUAAGAUGCGAGAAUGCGCGAAGGCGGCCGACGCUAUCAAAAUCUGUAUGGAGAGGAACAUUAAACCCCGGGACUUGCUGACCAAGCGAUCCUUCGAGAACGCGCUGGUUAUAACAAUGGCUUUGGGCGGAAGCACCAACGGUGUGCUUCACUUCCUCGCCAUGGCCCGAACCGCAGGCGUUGACCUAACAUUGGAUGACAUCCAGAGGGUUAGCAACAAGAUUCCCUUCAUUGCGAACCUUGCCCCGAGCGGGAAAUAUUACAUGGCGGACCUGUACGACAUCGGCGGUGUUCCGUCGGUCCAAAAGCUACUCAUUGCCGCGGGUUUGCUGGAUGGUGACAUCCCUACCGUGACCGGCAAAACCCUGGCUGAAAAUGUGGCAUCUUUCCCCUCGUUGCCUGACGAUCAAGUCAUUAUCCGUCCCUUGGAUAACCCCAUCAAGACGACUGGUCACCUGCAAAUCUUGCGCGGUAACCUAGCCCCCGGCGGUGCGGUGGCCAAGAUCACUGGGAAGGAGGGAACCAAAUUCGUCGGAAAAGCACGCGUGUUCGACAAGGAGCACCAGCUGAACGACGCCCUGAAUCAGGGGAAGAUCCCCCGCGGCGAGAAUCUGGUCAUCGUCGUUCGUUACGAGGGUCCCAAGGGUGGACCUGGUAUGCCGGAACAGCUCAAGGCCAGCGCUGCAUUGAUGGGUGCCAAACUCAACAAUGUGGCCCUGAUCACGGACGGGAGAUAUUCGGGAGCAAGCCACGGGUUCAUUGUCGGCCACAUUGUCCCGGAAGCCGCUGCUGGUGGACCAAUUGCUGUGGUCCGGGACGGCGACGUGAUUACAAUCAAUGCGGAGACCAACGAGAUCAGCAUGGAUGUUUCACAAGAGGAGAUCCAGCAACGACAGCGAGACUGGAAGCCUCCGGUGCCGCAUGUUACACGCGGAGUAUUGGCCAAGUACGCAAGAUUGGUUGGCGAUGCAUCGAGUGGUGCAAUGACGGACCUUUUCUGA